AUGUCGUGGAAUAAUUCUGAAAGAGUCCUGGGUUAUAACGAUUCUCAGUCUUUGGGCAAUGAAGAAAACCAGACAUCGCCCGCCUUUACUGAAACCUUCUCAAAUCCUUUCGACAAAAGCCUGGAGUUUCGGGUGAAUUUUAUCGUGAGUUAUGCCAUCGUCUUUGCCUGCUGCUUUUUUGGAAACGUGGUCGUUCUGUUGGUGAUACUGCGGAACACACGGAUGAGAUCGAGAACGAAUUUCUUCCUGGCAAACCUUGCAGUGGCUGACCUCUGUGUGGGGCUCUUCUGCGUAAUUCCAAAGCUCUGUACCUUCCUGUCCACGACAUGGUUCCUUGGACGGGUAAUGUGUAAGGUAUACUACUUCGUUCACCAGAUGAGCUACACGGCCUCCAUCUCGCUGCUGACUGUGAUUUCUAUGGAACGCUACAUCGCCAUCAUGCAUCCCCUCAAAGCCCAGAGGCUCAUUACAGUCCGCCGACUCAAAGUGUCACUGGUGCUUAUUUGGUUUGUGUCGGCUGUUUAUAACGUACCAGCACUCGUUAUAUUCGACACGGUGGAUUUUCCCAGCCCGGACGGCAGUGUUGUCUACUGUUUUUUGACCAUGCAGUUGAUUGAUCAAAGAGCAUACCACACGGCCAAUUUCAUUGUUUGGUACAUUUUACCCCUGAUGUUAAUGUCCUUCAUGUACACCCGAAUAUCUAUUGCGUUAUGGCGAAGCAGCAGUCAAAUGAACUUGAACGCCUCUAUUCGGAAACGAUCCGCUCAUGGCUCUCAAAUUUCUAGAAACGCUGGCAGUCAAAGACUUACUUUCCCGACGAAAGUUUCAUUCAGCAAACGCGGAGCCAGCCCAAAGCCGUCGUCAAGAAGAUCAGGUGGAAUAGUUUUGCGAUCUCCGGAAAACCAUAACACGGUGUCCUUCGAGGCGUCAAAACGAGCCAACAGACAACGGCGCUGGGGAGGACAUUCCAGAUUAGGCGGCUUCUUGGACAGAACUAAACGAUGGGCUGCUUAUAAGGUUCGCAGUUUCUCGAUGGAAAGUGACAAUGAUUACCUGUCUGACGACGACUGCGAGACAAAAUGUGACCGACUUGACGAAUUGGCCGACUGUGCCGACGACAUGGAUAUGUCCAUGGACCAGUCUCUGGAAAGAAUCAAUGAGCAGUCUCCGACAAGCGCAGAAACCAUGGUCAGCAUUCCUGAUAGUUUAUCCGUGGAUAAUACCGAAACGGAAACAUCUGUAAUGGGGAAAAGGAAGCGCGGCAGUUCCCAGAGUCAACGGAUAUCCGGAAUCAAGGCGCCCAGGUCACAAAGGACGCGGCACAGUGCUUUGACAGCACGGAAGAAGGUUAUAAGACUUCUGGUCGCCGUGGUAGGUUCGUUCGCUAUGUGUGUCUUACCAUACCAUGUUCUAAAGCUCAUGCAGAACUGGGCGACGUCCACAGAAACGACGUCAAUCAGUCGCCUCUUCCCGCCGCUCUCAUUUGUUAUCCUUUAUCUAAACAGUGGCCUAAAUCCAAUUCUUUACGCCCUGUUAUCCGAUAACUUUCGGCGAAGCUUGCGGGAAACCAUAACAUGUCGACGAAAUUGAGUUAGCACCCGCAAAAAUGCCCUAAAGCACGGGAACAUACAAAUAUCUCACUGACAUAAUCUGGCCGUACGUAGGUGAUCCAUUCACUAACAGUUACCCUGUGAAUAUCAUUCAAAUUGGUGACAACAUUCGUUUUUGUGCUUUGGUAAAAUAACAAGAGAAA